AUGAAAGCUUCGCAGAGUCAUCAGAAGAGCUAUCAUGAUAAUAAGAGGAAAACACUUGAGUUCCAAGAGGGAGAUCAUGUGUUCUUGAGAGUUACUCUGGUAACUGGUGUUGGCCGUGCGUGGAAGUCUAAGAAACUUAUGUCGUGUUUCAUUGGUCUGUUCCAAAUUCUUCAAAGAUUAGUCGAGGUGGCCUACCAAGUGGCGUUACCACCACAUCUUUCGAACCUUCAUGGUGUAUUUCAUGUCUCUCAGUUGAGGAAGCACAUUCUUGAUUUUUCUCACGUGACCCAGUUGGAUAUUGUGCAAGUCAAGAAAAACUUGACAGUUGAGACUUUGUCGUUAAGGAUUGAGGAUCAUGAAGUGAAGCACUUGCAGGGAAAAAAGAUCACUUCAAUGAAAGUUGUUUGGGGAGGUCCUGCUGGUGGAAAUGUGACAUGA